AUGGAUGCCUUCGAGUCACAUUUGGCUUUUUCGAGACGUGCAGUGUGGGGGUCAAUUUUCAAUCCAAUUUACGUUGUGCGCCCUCCAAUUUCAAUUCCUGGCAGCAGUUUACCCUUGGUCCCAAGACCGUGUGGGGUUAUCGCAGCGGCCUCUCCUGAGCAUGAGGCGGAAGAGGACAGCCCUGACAAACAUGAGGUUCUGAGAGUUUUCAGGGCCAAAAGGACUGUGACAGGACGAUCUUGGGAGGCCUUGUUGAAUUCACAGAGAGUUGCUGCAAUUCGGAAGUGGGCUGGAAUCAUUAUGAUGUAUUUGAACUCAUUUGAGAUUGGCAGACAAUGGGACCGCUUGUCACCUAUGGGGCAGGCAUUGGGCGAUGGUUUGAGGCACAUUUUCGCGGGGAAGGCGACUGGAACUUUACAUGCACGUGCCAGCCCAAUUCUGCGAUAUGUCAUGUGGUGUGACAAGAAGGGCAAUUCUGCCCUCCCGUUGUCUGAGGCUACGAUUUAUCAAUUCAUGUGUGAACAUGCUGACACUGCUGCUCCAACAUUUUUGCGGUCUUUCUUGGUGGCAAUUAGAUUCUCUUUUCACGUCCUUGGGGUCACAGGUGGAGACUUGGUACUUGCAAGUAAAAGGAUUGAAGGGUGUGCGCGUGAGGCGUACCUGAAGAAAAGGCGUACCCUGCAGAAAGAUCCUCUCAGUGUUGCCAUAGUUGAGCACUUGGAGAAAGUCGUCAUGGCAGACAGGUAUCCAGAUCGAGACAGGGUGGCUGCAGGGUGCUUUUUGCUGUGUGUAUUUUUCAGGGCCCGUUUUUCAGAUAUGAUGAACUUGCAGGAUCUCAUUUUGGAUGAAUUGAUCGUGGACGGCACUGCCCAGGGUUACAUUGAAGGGAAGGUUGGUCGAACAAAAUCAGCCUACACCACUGAAAUGAAAACGAGGUACCUUCCCAUGGUUGCACCGCGUUAUGGUGUUACUGGGCUUGACUGGUUCAGUGCAUGGCAAGAAGCUUGUAUCAGAUGUGGCAAACCCAAGGGUGAGUCAAUGCCAAUGCUCCCAUACCCUUCUAAGAGUGGUUGGACGAGGACGCCAUUGGGUGCUGGAGAAGGUGCUGACUGGUUGCGACAGUUAUUGCAGGUUUCUGGCAUUCCAAGUGGAUCCAUGGGGAACAUUGGAACUCAUUCCCUCAAGGCCACGACACUCAGUUGGAUGGCUAAGUUUGGGGCGCCCAUCAGUAUCAGGCAGCACUUGGGUUACCACAUGCCGAGUGCAGACAAGAUGGCACUUCUGUAUUCUCGAGAUGCAUCAGCUGGACCCAUCCGUAAGUUGGAAGAAUGCCUUGCUGAGAUCAGGGCAAAGUCUUUUGUCCCAGAUGCCACGCGAUCUGGUUAUUUUCCGAUGCAAGCACAACGACCUGAUCCUGAUGUUGAGCAGGGCCUUUCUGGACGUGGUUCACAUGAGCAUGACAGGGCAACUGACUUCAGCGAUUCAGAUUCAGAGGAUUCUAGAGAUGAUGAGCAUGCCUUCGAAGAGCAGCUGUUGAAUGAAGAGGCCAUGGACCACGUCGUAGGCCCUUGGGAUGAGCAUGCAACAUUGGAAUCCCUGGGCCUUCAUGAAGAUGCCCCACUUUUCAGGAGGCUCUUCCAUGAGGCCUACAGCCUUACAGCAGCGGAGCUUAAGCACUCAGUUGAACGGGUCGAAGACAUGCCAGUAAAGAAGCUAGCCCAGCCUGAACGUGCAGACAGAUUGAAACGUCAGCAGUCCAAACUGAAGGGUAUCCGUAUUGAAGGAAAACUCGAACCAAGCGACAGGUUGGCUUUGAUGAGACGAGGCCUCGCCUUUGACCAGGCGAACUUACUGGACUACCUGGAGCAUGACAGGCCUGAGGCUAAGGUCCCUAGGCCCAAGAAUAAGGGCAAAGGAAAAUCAAAGGGUCAGGGCGGUGGAUCACUUACCAUCAAGAUGCCGGCUGGACUUGAAGGAAGACGAAUGCCUCCCUUGAUUUCGGAGUUUGAGCGAUUUGAAACCAUUAUAGCUGCAUCGAUGCCCACAACCGAUGCCAAAGGUUGCUUGACGGCCUGCCUCCAACAUGUUCCUAGUGGUUCAAAGCUGCUCAGUUUUUCGAAAAAGGGGGAGGGCGAGAGCAGCUUGGUUCUGAAGUUUGGUAUUUACAGAACUCCCAUGACUUGGAUUGACAGGAUUUCCAAAAUGAAACUCUGGAUGAGUUGGGCUGAAGAGCUUGAAGCACAAGAGAGGGAACACAAGCUGCGCCUUGACCCGGGAGUUAGGCAAAUCCUUGCGCCCAAAAGGCUCCUCUUGCUCAGGAAGAUAGCUUGCAGCUUGGAUUGGCCUGAUACCAAUCUUUUUGACGAAAUUGAUGCAGGGUUCAAACUCACCGGAAUCCAGAGCCCUUCAAAUGUCUUUGGACUUGAACCCAGACCACCGCAAGCCUCUGAAGGAGAGCUCUGGGCCAGUGCAAAAUUCAUUAGACCUGCGUUGAUCGGCAAGGUCAAAAGUGCAGCUCUUGAUACUGAGAGUCAACCAUUGUGGGAUGCUACAAUGGAGGAAGCGAGCAACCAUCACUGGAUGACUGGCCCACAUACAGUCGAACAAGUUCAUGAUAUUUUCAAUGGACAGCCAUGGAUACCUGUGAGACGCUUCUCAGUUCUUCAGUCCUCGGGUGAUAGGAUGAAACUCCGGCCCAUUGACGAUUUCGCAGAAAACCGCGUGAACACGGCCUAUGGCUACUCAGAUAAGCUGGAUUUGCGUACCUUAGACCAGGUCGUGUGGAUGACAGCUGCCAUCACCCGUGCGUUAGCCUUGGGAUAUAUUUCAUUUCGAAGGAGUGAUGGGACCCUGCUGGAGGGGAAGGUCCACUCCGCUUAUUUGGAAGAGGGUGGUGGCCGACCUCUCCUUUCUGUUUUGGAUUUGUCAUCAGCAUACAAACAAUUUGCGAUCAGCAAGGACUGCAGGCGGCUCUCUGUUAUCGCCCUUAAGGAUCCUUCAGACAGUUCAUGCAAGUGUUUCAUUGGCAAUGUGCUGCCAUUUGGGGCGACGGCCAGCGUGGUACACUUUAACCGCGUGUCCUGGCUGAUCCAUUCCAUUGGGCUCCAUGCUGGACUGCUUUGGGGAAAUUAUUUCGACGAUUUUCCAAUGGUAGCACCUUGCAUUUUGAAGCAUUCCUCAAUGAACAUGGCCAAGCUCCUACUUGAUUUGCUCGGGUUCCAGUUUGCUGACCAUAAACUGAAGCCCUUUGACUCAAGGGCCACGGUUCUUGGGGUUGAGAUUGACACUAGCAAAGCUAUGGAUGGUUUUGUCCUGGUGAGGAAUAAGCCCGGCAGGGUGACAGAGGUCACGGAUACAGUCAAUGGAAUUCUGGCUCGUGGCACACUGACGUCAAAGGAAGCUAGCCGGAUCCUGGGCCGUAUACAAUUUGCAGAUGCCCAGAUCAUGGGUAGAGUCGGAAGGAUCGCCAUGCACGAGUUCAGGCUCGCCAUUAAAAGCCACGAGAGCAUCGCCCUGGAUCGAUGUGCCAUUGAAUCACUGCAUGUCCUAAUGGACAGACUUUCUUCUGGAGAACCUCGAAUGAUCCCGUGCUGCGACCAGAGGCGGCCCAUAUUGGUUUUUACUGACGGAGCCAGCGAGGUUUCUGGCCAUACUAUUGGUGGAGUUAUGUUCAAUGACAACAAGUUUGAAUAUUUUUCAUGUGCAGUGCCGGAGCGCCUGGUUGAGGAAUGGGGAUCCAUGUUUUCCCACUUCAUAGGACUCGUGGAGCUUUAUGCCAUAUUGGUGAGCCGGCUUCUCUGGAAUGAUCACCUUAGUGGGUCACGCACCAUUUAUUUUAUUGAUAACAACAGCUCGAUGGAUGCAUGCAUCAAGGGGACCUCCGGAUCCAGACCUGUCCGAGAGCUGUUGCUGUGCUGGGAGAAAAUGGAAGAGAAAGCCCGGACUUGGACUUGGUUCACAAGGGUCCCGAGUCAGAGCAACCCGGCUGAUGAGCCAUCUAGAGCAUGCCAUGACCUGAUGGUGAAGCUUGGGGCCGUGAGGCGUCAGGCAACUUGUCCUCUGACCGGAGAACCAACUAUGAACGAGAUCGAUGAUGACGAAGAUGGGUCAAUCAGAAUGUCCCACAUUGGUGCUGCAAUCAUCGCUGCCAACAGCGAGUUUCCUUCGAGCAAUGUUGCAAGCUCGAGCACGAGCAUUCGAGAUCCAAUUGAGAUGCCUGUUUUGAGAGACGAAGGUGAUUUGCCAGAGCCCUACACUGCAUGGAGCCCUGAAGCCAUGCUUACCUUUAUGUAUUCAAGGUGUUUGCGCAGAAAAUCCACAGCAACUUCGUUGGAACGACAGCAAUUGUAUGAGGAGCGACUUCAAUUGCUUUGCAACGUGAUGAAUGCUUGCAAGUCUGGAGAUCAAUCAGUUCGAUUGUCAGCAGCUGUCAUGGCCAGGAACAUGACAGACCUUUCAAGCGAUGAGGUUGAACAUGCAGUGGAGGUGGGUCAAAGCUUGGCGAACGCAGUGGCAAUUGAACGAGCAACAACUUCAGACAGUUCUCAUGUGGAUUCAAUUGCACGUGCUUUGAUGGAAAACAUUGACAAUCCCCCGAUGGAUGAAGCUGGAGAAAGCGAGGAUGAAGAUUCAGACGAGAUGAUGGAGACAGAAUCACAAAGAGCCUUCAGGUAUGGAAACUCUGAACUUUGCGAAGUCAGUGAUCCAGAAACCUGGAUGGUUAUGCAUCAUGGCAAUGUAGAAACUUCAGAAUCCGAGCAGAUGGAGGACGAUGCAGAGACAUAA